AUGUCGUGCGCCGCGGCCGUGCCCUCGGGCAGCGAGGCUUACGCCAAGCUGUACCCUGAGAAGAGCAGCGACGGCGUGCUGCGCCUGGGCAACGUGGUGCCCGACUUCGAGGCCGACUCCACCCUGGGCCCCAUCAAGUGGCACGACUGGAUUGACGGCGAGUGGCCGGGGCGGGCUCGCAAGUGGGCGAUCCUCUUCUCCCACCCGGCCGACUUCACGCCCGUCUGCACCACUGAAAUUGGCCGCAUGGCCAUCAAGUACAAGAACUUCGAGGCCAAGGGCGUCAAGGUGGCGGCGCUGUCAUGCGACAAGAUCGACGACCACAACACGUGGCUCAAGGACGUCGUGGCGCACUGCGCCAACAAGGUGCGCUGCUGGCGCGCCAGCAACGGCAGUCCCGCCGCCGCGGUGGCCGCCGCCGCCGCCGCGGUGGCCGCUGUGACCAUUGACUUCCCGAUCCUGGCGGACCCAACCCGCGAGAUCGCCACCCUGUACGGCAUGCUGGACCCCGCCCUGGAGGACAAGAGCGAGCAGCAGGGUGCAGCGCAGGAGGCAGAAGCCGCGCUGGGCGGCGUGGUUGGUGGGGGGCCGCCCAUGGUGUUCAUCAUCGGGCCGGACAAGAAGCUGAAGCUCACCGUAAACUACCCCGCCAGCGUCGGCCGCAACAUGGACGAGAUCGAGCGCGUGGUGGACGCCCUGAUCCUGUCGAGCGACAAGUCCAUCGCCACCCCCGCCAACUGGCCCAACAACCACGAGGAGGCCGGCAUGAAGGGCUGGGUGUUCCUGCUGCCCACCGUGACCAAGGAGGAUGCCGACAAGUUCUUCCCAGACCAUAAGGUGUGCGACGUUCCCUCCAAGAUCGAGUACCUGCGCCUCACCCCGGUGGACGGCCUCGACCCCAAGCCAGAGGCCAACGCCACCGUCGAGGCCGAGGCGUGA